AUGUGCCGCUCCGGCCACCAAGCGCCCCCAGCGCCCCUCGGGGCCCAGGUCAGUCCCCGACCCGGGUGGGCCGUGGCUGCAGCCAGGCUUGGGUGGACCCGGUGGGGACGGCAGGGGAGGGCCCGGAGCGGGGAGCCAGCACAGCCCGAGGCCUCAGGGAGGUUUACCUUCGACGGGGGCGUGGAGCCCGGUAGGGCGGUGGCUGCCACAAGGUCAGUGCCAGACCCUGCCCUGGCCCCAGAGGCCACAGUGACCUUCACGGCCCCUCAUCCCACUGCCACCCUGGGGUCCCGCCCCACACACCCUGACUCCUGCCCCAGAGCCCCUCCUCGUGGCCCCACAGAUCUCAGCUGCGGGCCCCCUGGCCCACCUUCAGCCUCCCUGGGCCCACCGGCCCAGGUGCUGGCAGAGCAGAGGUUAGACAGCCAGGCCCGUGGGACCCCCUGGGAUGCCGGGACUCUGGACUUCGAGCCCCUGCUGGGGGCCACGGCUGCGGCCGGCCCCCAGGCCGGGCCCACGGGGCGGGAGGAGGACGGGGAGGAGGAGUGCCCCAUCUGCACGGAGCCCUACGGGCCUGGGGAGCACCGCCUGGCCCUGCUGAACUGUGGCCAUGGCCUGUGCGCCAGCUGCCUGCACCAGCUGCUGGGCACGGCCCCCGGCGCUGACCUGGGCGCGGCCCGCUGCCCACUGUGCCGCCAGAAGACGCCCAUGCUGGAGUGGGAGGUCUGCCGGCUGCAGGAGGAGCUGCUGCAGGCCGAUGGGCCCCCACGGCCCCCGAGCCCCGUGCCCCCUGCACCCCCUACCCGGGGCCCCGGGCCCUGGGCCUCCCUGGAGCACCGCUACCGACUGCGCUUCCUGGCGGGGCCCGUGGGCGGCCGGGGCUGCCUGCCGUUCCUGCCCUGCCCGCCCCGCCUGGGUGCCUGGCUCUGGGCCCUGCGGGAGCGGGGGCCCUGCGCCCGCCGCCUGGCACUGCUGGGCCUGCUGGCCCUCGAGCUGCUGGGCCUGCUGCUCAUCUUCACGCCACUCGUGCUGCUGGGGCUGCUCUUCGCGUUGCUGGGCCGCUCCGGCCACUGAGCAGGGCUGCCGCAUGGGCUCCCAGCACCACCAGCCCGGAGACUCAGGCUGGCCAUGUCUGGAAGUGUUGGCGCCGUGGGGCCUGCCCCUGAGAAGCUUCUCACCCCGAGGCCUGAUAGCCAGGCGGAAAAUUCCAAGGUCAACCAGGCGCUAAUCCUUCAGUCAAGACCCAAGGCUGGGCCCAGGGCCACCCGGGAGCCUGUGUUCAGCUCCUGACCCAGCCAGGGCCCCCCAGCCGCCCUGCUCUCCCGGCAGUGCUGAGGACAGCACUGACAGAGACCAGCCAGGCCCCGUGCACUCGACCCAGGCCCCACACUGACACGGGCUGUCCCCCCACCCCUCCUGCGGUGGGGGGGGGGCCUGUGAGAGGCACAGGAGACACAGACUUGCGGGCCUGAGUCCUCCGA